AGAGAGAGUAACAAACAAGCACGUUCUCUCCGCCAAAACCUGCCGGAGAAAAUAUCUCAUUUCAACGAAGAUGCGAGUUGUCAGAAUUUCAUGCGUCGGGACACGUCAUCUCUCACCUCCCUCCUCUGUCCGCGGUUGCGACGCCCAUUCCGACGACGUAUCUGCCUCCUCCGCCGGAUUGAUUAAUGCGGAUGCAGAGGAUGCGAGCUGUAGUAGCACGCCUAGUUGGAGAAUCAAGAAAAGCCUAACAUGUGUGUGCUUUAACCGCAAGAGAGCUUAUGAACGCAUUUGCUCUAACUUGACACCAUUGCAGGAAGAAAGACUGAAGAGGUUGAGGAAGAGAAUGAAGAAUUACUUUGAUGCAUCGCGGCCCGAUCAUCAGGAUGCAUUGAGAGCACUCUGGUCAGCUACGUAUCCCGGUGAAAAGCUUCAAGAUUUGAUCUCAGACCAGUGGAAAAAUAUGGGAUGGCAAGGAAAAGAUCCAUCCACUGAUUUCAGAGGAGCUGGAUUCAUAUCACUGGAGAAUCUUCUAUUCUUUGCCAAGACAUUCUCGACUUCGUUUCAGCGUCUGUUGAAGAAACAAGGAGGCAAAAGAGCAGCUUGGGAAUAUCCAUUCGCUGUAGCGGGCGUCAACAUCACCUUCAUGAUCAUGCAAAUGCUUGACCUAGAAGCAUCAAAGCCUAGGAGUUUUAUACGGUUGGUGUUCUUACAAAUGUUGUCAGAAAACGAAUGGGCCUUUGAUUUGCUUUACUGUGUGGCCUUUGUGGUAAUGGACAAGCAAUGGCUGGACAAGAACGCCACUUACAUGGAAUUCAACGAUGUGCUAAGAUCUACAAGGGGGCAACUAGAGAAAGAGCUGAUGAUGGAUGAUGUCUUCAGAAUUGAGGAUAUGCCUUCUUUUUCUCUUCUCUCUUAGUCUUACCAACUAAUUCUUGUUGUCACUUUAGAUGUAGACAAUUUCACAUAAAGAAACCCAAAGGGUCGAU